CACGCACUCGCGUCUCAUAUAAGUGUGCGCGAUGUGCGCCCGCGCAUUAUUACACUGUGAGUCAAAGUGCGCGGGUCAGAUCGUGUUGUGAAAAUAUGGCUGUUAAUUUUUAUGUGAUAGCCGCGGUGGUGGCAGCAGUAAACGCUGCUCCUCCCACCCAACAGCAGCGUUACCCACAGCAAACAGGACUGCACCAACUAAACCCAUUGGACUACUUUUUGGAGCAGCCUGUUGAUAACUACUACAGACCCGCCGAACAGAAGCAAGUAAGUGUAAACGGUCCAAAUGGUGCGCCUGCGCGCCUGGAGUCUUUAGAGCCAGACAGUGAAGUAGAACUGGUGCCAGGAGUUCAGCAGCCACAGCAGCCUCCACAACAGAAUCCCGUAGCACCAAACAUCCCCGGGCUGGUUCCCGGACAACGAGUGUUUAUUGUUCACAUGCCAGUUCCUGGAUACAGUCCCGGCAGCAUAGGAGGUUACCAGCCUGUGUACAUAGUUGCUGCAGCACCUCAAGGAAACGCUAGGUUCCCUGGUAACCAUGGUUUCCAGAACGCAGUCCUCGUAGACCCAUCAGGGCAGCCGCUGGUGCAUCCAUUCGGAGGCUACCCCCGAGGCUUGGUGCAGCCACAAGUGCUUGGCGCUCCUCUAGCCUACCCCAACAGGCCUUACGACCUGGUGUAUCAGGACCAGGGUCUUGUUAAUGCCGCUGGCCAGCCCAUCCAACAGGAUGGUAGAGGAGCCAUCCACUUCUCCCAAUCAGUUGGUCUCCAAGGACCAGUGAACCCUGCCGCGUAUACAGGACCCGUCGCACAACUUGCCCACCCUGGCCAAGCGGCUAACACGAGACCACAAAACGGUGCCCCAGCUCAACUGAAACAGGGAGAAGAUACCAAAGAAGCAGUCGAAGUGAAAUCAAACCACAGAGCACAAGCCCUAACACGAAACAAAGCAUAGUUCAACGAUACUCACCAUUAGCCUAUUGUUAUCGAACAAAUUGAAACUCAAAAACAAACUACACAAGGUCUAAAAUACGAUGCAGACGACAAAGUACUGAAAGAAGUGAUUUUAGUUUUAGUCACACAAUUUUGGAUAGUAGACAAAAUUGACAGUGUAAUUUUUAUGUAGGUAAUUCUUAUGUUUGUUACCAAUUUGUAAAAUAGCAAUGCAAUUUAGUUCUUAUAUUUAUUGUGAAAAUUAAAUGUUUGAUACUUA